AUGUACGCACCAAUUGAUAUCAUUCGCCCCAUACUUUUGAAGUUGACGGUAGAAGCUCUCAUCCGAUGCCAAUGUGUAUGCAAAGAAUGGCGUUCCAUAAUACAAGACCCCCAUUUCAACCCCGGACAAAGGCGACGGCUGGCGGCGGCGUCCGGCUACAGCUUAGACGUUACAUCCAUAACCAACACUAGUCUCCCCAUUAAAACCUUAUUACAGGUCCCUGAGAAUGCCUCCUUACACCAUCGGUGGACUGGUGUUUGGUGCUCUUGCAACGGGCUUGUGCUUUUCUCCGUGGAAAAAAAUAUUUUUUUGUGGAAUCCCUACACUCGCUGCUGCACAAAAGUGCUUGAGCUUCCACGUUUGAGCACAGCGUUCUCUGACUAUGUUGUCUCGGGGUUAUGUUACGUCUCGUCCACCGGAGAUUACAAGGUUGUUCUGUUAUUAUGCCUUCACUUUGAUAGCAAUCUUAUGGUUGCCAGCCUCAAGAACAAAGAGUGGCGAAAAGUGUCAUUUCCUUACCAGGUAAACUACCCUAGAAUCGGCAUUAACUUUCAGAACACACUUCAUUGGAGAACAAAUGGUUGUUUGAGGAGACCUGCAACCAUCAUUUAUUUUAAGGCGGAGAGCAAUGAAUUUAAAGAACUGCCCACCCCAGAAUCACACACAGACCUCAAAAGAUCAUCAUUUAUUCUUGGCUUGGGAAUCAUUGACUGCAUGGUUUGCGGGGAGAAAGAAGCUGAUGAAGAGAAACUACAAGUGUGGGUCAUGAAGGAAUAUGGAGUGAAGGAAUCUUGGGACAAUUAUUUUUCAGGAGACUCAGAAUAUUAUGCUACUGCUGCGAUACUCUCCCCGAUACUCUCCUAUGUUGAGAGUAUUGUUUCGCCACAUGAAUUUAUUUGGAGAGAUGAUCAACACAAACCCUCAGAGUGA